CCCGCUCUUCAGUUCGGUCCGAGUUCCCAAGCCGAUCAGAUCGGAUCGCAGCCAUGCCGAACAUCGCAGUUAUCGGGGCCGGGGUGAACGGCGUCGCCAGUGCCAUCAAGAUACUGGAGCACUACGUAAGCGAGGGGAAGAGGCCGACCAGGGUGACCAUUAUUUCGGAGGACUUCACGCCCAACACAACGGGAGAUGGGUCAGCGGGACUCUGGGGACCCUACCUGCUGGGCGGCACUGCGCAGUCGAAGGUCUACAAGUGGUCGAAGAGUAUGCACCAGUUUCUGGAGGAGAUCUGGCUGAGUGAGGACGCCGGAGAGGCUGGGGUCUGCCUGCUGCCCUGCAUUCGUCUGAGCACCUCCACGGUGGACACCGUCGAAGACUUCUGGCGCGACAUUGUCUAUGGAGCUCAGGAUCUGUCCGAGGAACAGCUGGCUGCCUACAAUCGAGGACGCAGCGUAAAGUUCACGUCAGGAUUGUCCUUCGUUACCUACACCUCGGAGCCCGUUAAGCUGCUCCCGUACUUGAUGAAGCGGUUCGCCCGCAGCGGCGGUGCAGUCGUCCGUAGUAGGAUUACCGACCUGGAGGCUUUCAUCGCCGACUCCGAGUACGAUGUGGUGGUCAACUGCUCCGGCUUGGGCUCCCGCACUCUCCUGAACGACGACCACAUGUACGCAGUGCGCGGGCAGGUGUCCCGCGUGAAGGCAAACUGGAUUUUCUCGGCCGUUUUGGACGAGAGCGACGAUGGAAACUACAUCAUUCCGAACACCGAGAGCGUCGUCCUGGGCGGAACUCACCAGGAGCGGGACUACAACACUCAGGUCUGCCAGCAGGACAAGCGGCUGAUUGUGGGUGGCUGUCGGCGGUUUGUCCCGGGUCUGGCGCACACGGACACCCUCUUCGACUGGGUGGGUCUGCGGCCGGGUCGCACUCAACUCCGGCUGGAGGCCGAGCGCCGCGGCCGAAAGCUCCUCAUCCACAACUACGGACACGGCGGCAGCGGGGUCACUUUGUGCUGGGGCUGCGCGGACGAUGUCCUAGAAAUCCUAUUGGCAUCCCAGAACUGUUCCAAGUUGUAGUCCGCAUUAGGGAUGGGUAGCUGAGUUUACUUACAAAAUAAAGAAUCGUCUCUUUACUUUACCUAGAUUUACCCUACCUACCUUAUACAAGUAUCAUAGUUCGUUACUUAUCAAAAUGUUUUCUUUGCCAGAAAUAAUUGACAGGAAGAAUAAAAACGAACUGCAACUUCGAGUGAUAUGCAAAUAUUACAAAUUG